UUCCCUUCCUCAUUGGUCCGCUAAUAGAAUCCGCUAUGAUGCGCUGCAGUGACAUAGAGAAGUCUCCGCAAUAAAAAGAAAAGGCGACGAGCCGCUCAGCACAAGAGAAGCUCGGGGAAGUGAGUGUUGGAAAGCGGUGCACAGGACAGUGAGUUCCCAUUUGAUGGUAGAUGCGCCUCUGCGAGUUUUAAGACGACUGGAAGUAUCUGUCAAACUCCCGAGGAUCUGGUGAAGAAUGGAGUGGUAUGUCCUGGUGCUGAUGCUGAGCCUGCCGCCCUCCAUCCACACAGAUUGCUCCACACAGUGUCACAAAUGCAUGGAGCGGAUCCUCAUCCCCGACGCGUCAUUCAGUAGGAGCAGCCUGUCGUGCGCUGCGGAGUGUGAGGGACAGCUGGAGAGCUGCGGAGCCACGGCCGCGGGGCUGAGGGCGGCGGACUUCAGCCAGGACGAGAUGGCUGCUGCGGAGGAGGAAGGGAGCCAGCAGGGAGAGCUUGUGAAACGCUACGGUGGCUUCAUCAAGAGGAUCGACAAGAACAAGAACAAAAUCUUCACCGCCUCCCCGUGGCGUGACAAUUCCAUCUUAAAAACGGCCGCUGCUGCGCCCAAAAACACCUAUGAGGAACUGAUAAAGACGCUGGAGGAGAGAGAUGUAGACACGGGUGACGACAGUCCUCCGGCAGAUGAAGUUCUACGCAGUUAUGUUAAACGUUACGGAGGCUUUUUACGCAAAUUCGGUCCCAAGACAAAGAGGAGUAGCUCCCAAGAGAUCCGGGAGGAGCCCGAGGAGCUGCAGAAACGCUAUGGGGGCUUUAUGAGGAGGAUCCGACCAAAGUUGAACAACCUUAAGUGGGACAAACGGUAUGGAGGCUUUCUGCGCCGCCACUUCAAAAUCUCUGUGCGCUCAGCAGAGGAGCCCGAUUAUUACUCAGACGAGCCGGGUCUAUAGACGCAGCCUGCUCACUACAGAACUGAUGCAGGGCCACAUGGCAACUGACACCAUUUAUCCAAGAGUAGUAUCAUAUGCCUGCCUUUCUUGCUUAUACUACUAACCUACUCGGUUGCCUUCUGUGUAACAUCUCUGUGUUAUUGACAUCACCGUCUGUCAUUCAAUAAAGGAUGCUUCUUUAAUAAAAACCGAGUAUGAAACCA